GACAGCAAGUACUGCAAUAAAAUACGAUAAACAAUCAGGUGACUUUAAGUAAAUUAACAUUGUUAACUUCACGCUAAUUUUUUGUGGUCAUUAGUCUAAAUUAUCUCUUUUUUACUUGUUUUGUUUAACGAUUGGAUUACACACAAUCUUUCGCCAUGUCCACGGAGCAAAUCGAGGGUAAAUCCAAUGGGUUCACUGAACAUGAUGGAGACUCUGACCAAAAGCCUGCGAAAAAAGCUGCUAAACACGACUCUGGUGCAGCUGAUUUAGAGAAAGUAACUGAUUAUGCAGAAGAAACAGAAUUUUCAUCCCAAGAUAUUGUUGGGGCUAUGAAUCUCUUUGAAAGCAGACGCUCUAUGGAGGCUGCUAAAAAGAUUGCUCGACAAAGGGAACUCGCUAAAGUAGUUAUUAAAAAGGAAGAUGUUGAUUUAAUAGCUAAGGAAUUGGAAAUCCCUAGAAGUGUGGCCGAACUCAAAUUGAGAGAACACGGAGGUAACAUUGUCGAAGCACUGAUUGCGUUAACUAGUUAAAUAUUUUUGAGACUAUUUGGAUGUUUUUUUGCACCUGACUUAACCUGUAAUCUGAUCUGGCUGAUAAAGCUGGAUAAAUUUGUAUAAAUUUCCAUAUGUAUUGGUUAACCGGUUUUUGUCCAGUUGCCUACCUUUGCUUUAUAAUCAAAGUUUUUCAACUUGAUACCGAACUAAACGAGUUAGAGUCAUUUAUUUUGUAGUGACACUAAUUUUUGUUUCAAA